AUGUACACACCACCGGAAUCACCUGGUUGGUACAAUACACCUUCGGAUGACGAAGUUAGCUUGCAACCAUCAUCAUCAGGUGUUUUGCUAGAAAAUACAUCAACAACGAGUAGUGCAUCUCAUCACCACAAUGAUUGGUUUGAAUAUUUGGUUCAUCCAAAAAAGUUGGAUCAACAUUUGGACGAUCUUCUCCAAAAUCCAUCAUUACAACCUUCAGCCAUGGAAUUGGCCUUAUCCUUUAUGGAACAAUGUACAGCUCCAGCCAACGCACGAACACAACAACUCAGCGAUCGAACCAAACGAUAUCUUUCUGUUGUAACAAAAAUAGUAUUUAAAUCCCAGUUUACGCUAGAACAGAUCGAACAUAAUUUUCCAGUUGCCUUUCAAAAACAUAUCAUUGUCGGAAUUUUGUUGAGAAAACGAAAAACUUUUGGAGUAGAUGGCAUUAUUCACAAACCUAAAGAAUCGGAUGCAACAGCACAGUCUGAACAUUCAACAACUUCUGUAGAAAAUACCACUGUAUCGUAUAUCGAAAUUAUUUAUCAUAGAUGGAUUGUGAGAGCCAUCUCCAAUAGAACACCUCUGUGGUUCAUUAAGAAUCCUUCUCUUGAAGGAACAGACUCACAAGAUCUCAUCCAAUUGGGCGAAAGCUCAGUCGCAGAACUUCGAAAAUUUGUGGAAACAAUUGAAAAAGAUCCACAGAUUUUAAACAAUUUUAUUGAUAAGCCACCGAAUGUGGAUGGCGGAGAGUUAGAACAACAAAUAAUCUUUGAUAUUGCUAAUUACUAUUUUUUUAGAGAGGAUUUUGACAACUCUUUCAGUUACUUAAAAAGUCUUUAUCCUAAAUUCCAAAGCAACUUGAACGACUCUAGUGUGGUAGAGAAUAGAGAAAAAACAGAUUCGUUGAAAGAUAAUUGUGUGACUUUAAUCAUCGCAUGCCAGUCUAUUCUUUCGUCAAAAUAUCCUCCUGAAGCCUUAUUAUUUCCUGAGCACAAAAAAACACUCUUCUUUAGAGAUGUAGAUGACACGGUAAAAAAGUUAAAUAGUAUGAUUGAUCAAGAUACUGAACUGAGUGACAAAUUAAUAACUCUAUUGAUUGAAGAUAUUAUAGACAGUCAGCUAAGUAGAGAAUAUCGGGUAAAUCUGUGUUACAAAUUAAUUGAGAAGGAGACCUUGUUUAAAAAGAUUCUAGCCUUAAACAUCAUUCAGGAUAUGAUCAAAAUAAUUCAGGGCCAUUCUCUUUCAACAAUCCAUCAAGAACUUGAGACGGCAAUUCUUGAAGCCAUGACCCCUCAUCAUGUAAAAGUAUAUCCAGCUAUUGCAGAAGAAAAUCAUAACGAUACUGAGCUUGGAUCUGUUCAAACGCAUCUGGAUCGAUACGUACUGAAACACAAAUUUGUUACCAGCCAACCCAUUAUACCAGUAUACAUUAUUAUAUUUUUGAAGGAGCUCGAGAAAGAAGCUAAGAAAAGAACUAAGGACAUCACUGACAUGCAAGACGAAGAUUCUGACAAUAAGGAUGGAAUAUUAUAUUGGAACAAUGAAUUCAGCUCUAUCAUUACAGAGUUCGUUUGCAGACUCGCUAAUUAUUUGAAUCAUCCAAUUGUCUAUGCCACUUUACUUUCUGAGGGCUUGCAAUACUUGGAGUUUAAAAACAAAAGCAUGAUGGAUGGUAACAUCAUUGAGAUGUACAAUAAGAGAAUGCUAGAAAGUGUGGAAGGGAGCUAUCAUUUGAAUUAUUUUGAUGGUUCUGCUGACUCUCUUCGAAAACAAGAAUCCAAUUAUAAUCUACUUCCAGAAAAUGUUCAAUCAAUAUUGUGUAACGCAUGUAUAGAAAAGAAACGAGAAAUUGAUAUGUAUUUUGAACAGUUGAAAACAACAGUCACAAAGAAAAGGCCUUAUGACAAUGCUAUUCAAACCCAUCACUUGUUAUUCUCUGACGAUGACUCCAUUUCUGGGAAAGAGUCCACUGAUUCUCUCAAACGAUUGAAAAUUGAUGCUAGCGAUUAUUUAUCGCUUCGUGCAAGAAACUUUAUGUAUAGAUCAAGCUAUGGCUGUUUGUUUGCUUUACAAAAGAUUACAAACUUGUUUGAUGCAGCCAACACCAUUGACAAAUUCAAAGGAGCACAAGGUCAGAAAAGAAUAUUAUUUGAUCAUGUAAUUAUUUCUCUCUCUAAAAAGCAUCCACAACUCACAAUGCCAGAAGAAUAUCCAGCGCCAAGGAUAGAAAGCAAACAAAUUGAUCGGCCUUCCCCUGUCAUUGUCAACAUGGAAGAAUUCAGUAUGCUGAGCGAAUUGUGCAAUUGGAAUCAUUCGUUUAACUCGAACACGUCCUCCAGCUCAGAACAACACGCGCAACUGCAACACGAUGGAGCUAGUUCAUCAAAACAAGUUUCCAACAAGGUCGAUGUUCCUCCAGUGAAUUUGCCAUUCCUUGGCGAUCUUUUCAAGUGCUUGGUGAAUUUAGAGGAUUGGGCGUUCAUUAGAGAUUUUUUCAAAACCAUGCAAACCAAAUAUGAAGCUAAUUCUGAACCAUCCGAAGAAAAUACUCACAUUAUGUUUUGUAGAUUUGCCCUUCUUGUGGAGUCACUUGCCUAUCACAUGCAUUCCCCAAGAAAUGGAGCUCCCAAGAAAGUGUUCAAAGAUCUCAAGGAUGACAUUUACAAAUUUGUACAUAAUUUAAUUUAUUUACCAGGGGAUGGAUAUGGCUCGAGCAGCGCCGAGAAUGACCCUCAACUAAUUGAAGAUGAAAAUCGUUUGAGAUGGGACGACUUUCAUUUGUUAGCUACAACUCAAAACUUGAAAUUCCUUAUGGAUUUAUCAGUAAUGCUUGCAUUCGUGUUGGCUUCUGUGAGAUCAAAUAUUGCCAAUACACGAUCGAAUUCUCCUCCAAGCAAUCUCAGAGGAAUUCCUACUCAACCAAUCUCUCCACCAACUCCUGUAUUUAUGGGUCAUUACAAACAUUUAGCCAAGUUAAUCAUGCCUGAAUAUUUUUGCGGGACAACUAAGAAGCAUUGGCUUGUAGGAAAUGAAAAAUUUGUCGAUGAGACUCUUUUGGUCAUGCUACAACACAUUUUAGAACGAGUGCUGAGCUUACAGGAACAAAUUCAUCGUAAGCCAAUAAGCACUUUUUAUUUAUUUAAGUGUUCUCUUGCUGACAUUUAUUUUGAGAAGGGAAAGUAUAAGAGAGCUCUUGAACUUUAUUUGGAAUGUGGAGAAAGCAAUUUUCCUCACUUUUAUAGACCCAAUAAUGAAGAGGUUGUGGAUCGAAUGGUUCGGUGUCUGGUUGAACUUGGAGAAUAUACAGCUGCUGCAGUGCUACAUCAAUUCAUUCACAGCACCUAUGACAACGAGAUGGACACUCAAACCCAACGAACACAUGUCAUCUCUGAUAGUUCUAGCUUUUCAACAUCAAGUAUGAGAGUUGGCUACACAAAGGAAAUUAUUGACAAUUUAUUUGAAGCCAACGGUCUUAAUGAGCGCUGGCUGUUAUUCUUUUACGAUUUGUCCUAUUUGGAAAUGGUUGUGCACGUUGCUCAUCAAAAAGGAGAAUUUAACAAAGAAGAUCUCAUGAUACAACACAUUCAAAGAAGUGAAAUGAAUUCGAACAACAAGACAGAACACCGUAAGGAAUACAUUCAACAAAUGAAGGAAACAUUUUUAAGAAAGUUGUACCUUCACAUUACAACGAGCGUGUUGAAAAGCACUCAAUGA